UACAAGAGGUUGCUGUACUGUCUACUAGUCUGCAGUGUAGCACAAUGUUUAGGAAACUUUUUAUCUUGCUGUUUCUCAUCAUUAUUUUCCACCAUGACCCCGCUGACGCACAGAAGAAGAAAGAGACUCUGCUCUCAGAGAAGAUGACUCAGAUGAUGGAAUGGGCCUCCAAGCGCUCUGUCAUCAGGAUGAAUGGAGAUAAGUUCCGUCGCUUUGUCAAAGCUCCUCCCAGAAACUACUCUGUGGUCAUCAUGUUCACAGCCCUGCAGCCACAGAGGCAGUGUGGAGUCUGUAGACAAGCUGAUGAAGAGUUCCAGGUGCUGGCUAACUCUUGGCGUUAUUCAUCUGCCUUCACUAACAAAGUCUUCUUUGCAUCCGUUGAUUUUGAUGAAGGAUCAGACGUAUUCCAGAUGCUAAAUAUGAAUUCAGCUCCGACCUUCCUCCACUUCCCAUCCAAAGGGAAACUUCGUAAGUCUGAUACCUACGAGCUUCAGGUCAGAGGCUUUGCAGCUGAGCAGCUGGCUAGAUGGGUGGCAGACAGGACUGAUGUGCAGAUCCGUGUCAUUCGUCCUCCAAACUACGCAGGGCCUCUUCUUCUGGGCUUCCUCUUGGCUGUGAUUGGUGGACUGGCAUAUUUGAGAAGACACAAUUUGGAGUUUCUCUUUAACAACAAUGUCUGGGCCUUCUCUGCACUGUGUUUUGUCCUGAUCAUGACUUCAGGCCAGAUGUGGAACCACAUCAGGGGACCACCUUAUGCACACAAAAACCCCAGCACUGGACAAGUUAGUUACAUCCACGGCAGCAGUCAGGCUCAGUUUGUGGCUGAGACGCACAUCGUACUACUGUUCAAUGCUGCUGUUACCAUGGGAAUAGUGCUGCUGUGUGAGGCUGCUACCUCUGACAUGGACAUUGGAAAGAGGAAGAUCAUGUGUGUUGCAGGUAUUGGUCUGGUGAUGCUGUUUUUCAGCUGGCUGCUGUCCAUCUUCAGAGCAAAGUACCAUGGAUACCCAUACAGCUUCCUGAUGAGUUAGAACUUCACAGCAUCCUGCAGCUUCACAGCAAGUAUUACAUCCAGCACCGGAAGUUCCCAGGAAUGGCUGUCAACAUGUAGAGUUGUCUCUCCAUGGCAGCAAUGCCACAUUACUGUUAAGCCAUGAUUUGUCAUUUGAUCUUUUGAGCCAAAAGUGUGUCAACACACAAACACACACUGUGCCUUUGCAAAGACUCAACAAGCAAUGAAUUUACCAACAAGAGAGCCCUCAUCACUGGGUGUAUUCUAAACUGUGUUGUGUCAAAAACUGCUUUCUAGAUUAUCAUUUUGAAGAAGAAAAAAAUCAAACUUUCUUAAAUUUAUUGAUUUGUCCUAGUUAUACAUACAAAUCUCAGUCUGUAACUUAUUUUUCAAAAUUUUGGGACCAUAAACAGGUCAUGGACUCAGACUUGUUUGUUUAGUUGUGUGUGUGUGUGUGUGUGUGUGUGUGUGUGUGGCUGAUCUUGAACCAGGAUAAGUAGCAAGAGCAGAUGUUUCAGGCUUUCUGAUAGUAGAUAGAUUUGGUAACACCUUAUUUUACAGAGCCUGUAAUAUUCUCAUCCUGUCUUAGGAUGUUUUCUGCAAUACAUUUUGAUACUUAAUAUUUUUUUUACUGAGAUAUUAUAAAAAGUAAGAACCCACUCAUUUAUUCAAGUUCUAAGCAGUUCACCUACAUUUAAACACAACUAGUGAAUCAUAUUAUUAGAAACUUUGUCCUCCUGUUGAAUUGUAUACUUGAUUGUAAUUUUACCACCACAUGGAAAGGCAAUUUUGACAUGUUUUGCAUUUUCAGCUGACCUGCUGUGCUCUAGACUAAAUGAUGCUAGAAAUGAAGGGUCAAAUGUACCAAUCAACCCAUUAAUUGGCAUCAAAUUCCACCUUUCUGUUCAGCACCCCUCAUUAGUGUUAACACCUUUAUAUCAGUUUAUUUCUUACACAGUAUCUACAGGUCUGGACUUGCAAAAUGAGAUUCACACUGUUUUGUUUUCUGUCAGGUCAUGAUUGGCUUGUGGAAACUCUGCAACACAGUACUGGAGGAAACGAUUAGGGAGUGGUAGUAUUUUGCAUUUACACACAGUAACACAAGCAGUUUAGAGUCAGCACAGCAACACACUUUUCACAGCAGCUUAGAGUGAGGCUGUAGGAACAAUAAAUGUAAAUGGAGCUGUAAUCCAUCUCUCCUGGCAGCCUGUACAAUGUGUACUAUCUGCUGUCAAUCAAACACACACUGCAACAUGCCUCUCCAUAUAUAUAUAUAUAUAUAUAUAUAUAUAUAUAUAUAUAUAUAAUUUUCUUUAAGGUUCGGGUCAAUUCACAAUUUUAAUAGAUUUUUGUUUGGCUGGAAAAUGCAGGAUUGAAACUUUUUUAAAGACAGUUGAGUAAGAAGUAAGAAUAAUAAAAGACCUGAACAACCAGCCAGGCUUUCAUUAUUGUGUAUAACAUACAGGUCAUCACACAGCUGCUGACUGUUAGCCUGAGCACAGGUAUCCAGUUUAAUCAUCAGUUUGAGCACAAACACAGCAGAGAAGUCUGUUUACUCAUUUUGAUCUUAUUCACACAUCACAGAGCUACAGUGUACUGAUGUCUUUCUAAAGGACACAAACAUGUGAACAGAAGGAUCUGGGGAUCAAACCCAGUGACACCAUGAAGGCCUUAUCAUGUCUGUUGAUAUUGUUUGCUUAAUUGUCCAUUAGUGGUGCAUACUCCAACAAAUGUUAAAUCAGCACAAACCAGUGGAGGCACAGUUAGACCAGAGCUGUUGGUGUACUGGGAAUAUUGAAUUCCUGAUGGCAGCAGUCAAGUAUUCAGGUUUCUACAGGUGUGUUUUACUCCCCUUAAUGUCCUCUUCCAAGUUGCAACAGCCACAAAGGCUCAUGGGAAGUGGAGUUUUUAGAAUAAUGUUUCAUACCAAAGGUACGGACAACAAGAUUUCAUAGAAAUACAAACCAGAGUGACUAAUGGUCAUAACAUAACCCUAUAAAUGUUGUUUAAUGUUAACACUGAGGUCAUCAUAGCAUUUAUUGUAACAUUUAUGGAAAAUGGGAGCCUGUAAUACACUUAUGUCCAUCAGUGGAGGAAAAUGUAUUUUAUGACCAUAUGAAUUACAGAUUUAGUGGUUGCAGAAAAAACCUAAGCAAACUACUGUAACAGCCCUGCUAUACAUGCUGCUGUUUAAACAGGUUGGACAUGUGCUGAUUUAACUGUGUGCUGUGUUUGGAGGAUGCUAGAUUGUUUUGUGUUAUACAGAGAGAUGCUUCUGAUGUUUAUUUGGCGUGAACAACUGAAUUCUGUAAUUAUUUUAUACCCUUACUUGAGCACAAAGGUGAGAGACAAGGAAGGUUAAUAAGUUAAUAUUAAAGGAGAGAGCCGUCACUCACAGAGUUUACCAUGAUCCUGCCUGCUAUUCAGCAGUAUAAGGUAGUGUUGUUCAGAGAAGUAGAGGGAGUAGUAGUGGGAACAGCAUCACCAUCUCUCUAUUCUCCAUUCAUUUUCAGCAGCUCAAGUUUGUCUUACAAACUGUCAAAUGAGAAAUAGCCAUUUGUUUUUUUCAAUCAAAUCUCCUCUACUAUAAUUGAUGUCAUGUUAGGAUUUAUCAAGUUAUUUUUGUUCUUUCCAGCUGUUGUUAUGUUAAAAUGGAAUAGGAUGUACUUAAAGAAUGAGUGUCCCUUAUUAAAAAAAAGUGAGAAUGGCCUUCACCCAGAACAAUGAGAGAGGUGAGAUUUAGUAGACUACAUUAGAAGUGUGAAGAAAAGCUUAAUGUGUCCCAUCACUUGAAAAUGAGUUGCAGAAUUGAGAUAAAGCUAACUUUGAAAUCGCUGGCUCAGGUCUUCUUCUUUAACAUUGUUUUUUUUUUUGUCAUGUAAAAUCAAGUGCUUUAAAUGUCCGGUUGUCUUAUCAGUAUCAAUGUUAGAUCUGAUUAUUUCUGAUAUUAAAGUGCCUUAACUGCC